AUGUGCUACGGACGCUACGUAUCCAUCUGCAAACCCCUGCACUACGGGACCCUCCUGGGCAGCAGAGCUUGUGCCCACAUGGCAGCAGCUGCCUGGGCCAGUGGCUUUCUCACUGCUCUGCUGCACACAGCCAAUAUAUUUUCCCUGCCCCUGUGCCAGGGCAAUGCCCUGGGACAGUUCUUCUGUGAAAUCCCCCAGAUCCUCAACCUCUUCUGUUCAAAAUUCUACUUCAGGGAAGUUUGCGUUUCUGCUUUUGAUAGCUCCUUAGCACUUGGUUGUUUUCUGUUCAUUGUUUUCUCCUAUGUGCAGAUAUUCAGGGCUGUGCUGAGGAUCCCCUCUGAGCAGGGAUGGCACAAAGCCUUUUCCACCUGCCUCCCUCAUAUUGCUGUGGUCUCUCUGUUUAUCAGCACUGCAGUAUUUUCUUACCUGAAGCCCCCUUCCAUCUCCUCCCCAUCCCUGGAUCUGUCCCUGUCAGUUCUGUACUCGGUGGUGACUCCAGCCCUGAACCCCCUCAUCUACAGCCUGAGGAACAAGGAGCUCAAAGAUUACCUUCGGAGCGACUAUUUUAUGGACCCAAAAGGCCUUAAGUGGGCAUUCAGGAUAGCAGCUGUGACGGCAGAGCACAUCCGGCAGCUGAACACCUUGCCUGGACUGUCCAAGAAUCUGAUUACACUAGUAAUACCUGAUCCUGGGCGCCCUGAACAUCAAGGAACCCCGGAUGCUGCACCUUAG